AUGAUCCGAAAGAAAAGUGCUAUUCUCUCAGGUUUGGCUGCCUUGGAGUACACUUCAAUUCCAACCCUGCUGUCCAUUAUUACGCUGCUACUUACUGGUCAACCCCUAACACCAAUCAAUGUCUUUAUGCUUUUAAUAUUUAUCAACUUACUAAGACUCAACAUUUGCUUCAAUUUUGCGUAUGGUGUGGUGGAGACACGUGAAGCACUUGUAUCACUCGGGAGAAUAGAAGAUUUUCUUAUUCUAGAAAAUUUGUUUGCCAUUUCUGACGAUCGGGGUGUAAAAGACAAAGAAAUAGCACGAAAGAAAAAUUCCGUUAAGUUAUCGAGCGAUUUUAAAAUGACAAGCCAGCCACAAGAAUGGGAAGAAAAACCCAGGACUGCUCAGUGGAUAAAGCCUGAUAUAUCAGGAACUUUGUUUGUGUCGAAUUUAAACUUCAAGGAAAUUGGGAGAAAAGAUGAAUUUAUCAUUCAAAACGUUCAAUUCAAUGCUCCAUCAAGAAGCUUGACGGUCGUCACCGGACCAGUGGGCAGCGGUAAAUCAACUCUCCUCUCAGCGAUUGCUGGCGAGAUGUCAGAUAUAAGCGGAACAAUAAGCCGCCAAGGAACCUUUGUGUAUGCGACGCAAAUAGCUUGGGUGUUUUCUGGAACCUUACAAGAAAAUAUUUUGUUUGGAGAGUCGUACGAUGAACCAAGAUACACCAGAAUAAUCGAGGCAUGCGCACUCGCAGAAGACUUUCAGCAGUUUCCGAAGGGUGACCAAACAGUUGUUGGCGAGCGCGGUACCGUUCUGAGCGGUGGUCAGCGUGCAAGAGUAAGCUUAGCACGUGCAGUGUACGUGGAUGCAGACCUUUAUUUGUUGGACGACCCUCUGAGUUCGGUGGACUACAAAGUUGGUCGGCAUAUUUUCGAAAAGUGUAUUAAGUCUUUGCUUGGUGAGAAGACGCGACUGUUAACUUCUCAUCAAGAACAUCACAUGAAAGAUGCCGACCAAGUGAUUAUGCUGCACAAAGGACGCGUUCUGGGGAGAGGAACUUACGCGGAACUUCAAGAGAAAGGAGAACGAAGAGAAACGCAGCGGUAUGGUCACAAUGCCGCUGACCUCUGA